UUCAGUUUAUCAUUGUUAAUGCAAAAAGUUGUUUUCUUAUUUCGUUUUGGUCCUAUUUAUGAAUUUAUUGUAGUUGAAUCCGUAAUCAUACCUAGUUGAUGUACAUUUUCUACAAUAUAUUCACUAUAUCAUAAAAAGGAUCAUUAAUUGAUUAAGCUUACUCAAUAUUUUUAAAAUGCAUUUCUUUUGCUAAGUAAAUGUAAUUUAAACUACUACAAUUUUUCUUGUUUUAUUUGGAUUAUAUUUAAUUUAUUCAUAUAAUUGCAGGAAAUGAACCAAAACGGUUUCAGUACUGGUGAAGAAGAUUCACGUGGCCCUCUUGAUAAGAUUUGCUGUUUACAGGAAGACGGAUUUCGGUGUCAAAGACAGGCUGGAAACGCUUCUUAUAGUAAAAAAAUUCGCAAUACUGUCAGACAACUUAAAUUACAUUUGGACGCUGUUGCGAGACACAUCUAUAUUUGUGAUCAUCAUAAGAGUAUGAUUCAAAGUGCUAGAACGUUGAAACCAUCUAGUCAAGAUGAAGCACCAGAAGUAGAUUUUUCACAACUACAGAUGAAUACCCUUAGACGUUAUAAAAAACAUUUCAAAGUAGUGACAAAACCCAGUUUGAAUAAAGCUCAAAUGGCAGAGACAUUAUUAAACCAUUUUAAAACGAUAUCAGUUAAUGAAAAAGAAGCUCUUACAUUCUUUAUUUACACAAUCAAGACAAAUGGUAAUAAAUUAGAUCAAAAAAAUGGAAAUAAUAAUUCAGAUACAAUGUCAUAGAAAUAUUAUAUUUUUAUACAAUUAUUUAUUUUUACUUUUUUUAAAUGUAUGUGUAUCAUUAGUGU